AUAAAGAAGAGGAGGCAAAAAAAGAUAGAUGGGCUCUCACAACUUUAAUAGGUCGUGGGUUGCACUCCCAGCACUUAUGGGGAGCAGUAUUCUUCAUGUUGCCGUCUUCAUCUUCACCAUCUCCAACAUGGUUGGAGCUUCUUCUUCUUCCUUGAAGCAGAGUGAUCAUCUGCCAUUGUUGAACCGUUCAUUAUCUCCCCUGUUCGUCUUUGGAGACUCCACCGUAGACCCCGGCAACAACAACUUCAUACUCACCAUCGCUAAAUGCAACUUCCCUCCUUACGGCCGCGACUUCCCCAACCACGUCCCCACCGGACGCUUUUCCAACGGCCGCCUUGUCACCGAUUUCAUCGCGUCGUAUAUCGGAGUGAAAGAGAACAUACCGCCAUAUUUGGACCAGAGUUUGAGCUUGGAAGAGUUAACCACCGGCGUGAGUUUUGCCUCCGGUGGCUCCGGAUAUGACCCUUUGACUUCUCCAUCAAUCGGAGGCGUGAUUACCAUAGAGAGGCAGCUUCAAUACUUUAGAGAGUUUAAAGCAAGGCUGGAAGAGGGCAUGGGGAAGGAGAGAAUGCAACGUGUGGUGAGCAACGCUGUGUUCUUGGUAAGCUCGGGCACUAAUGACCUCAACGCUUACUUUGGCACCCCGUCGCUACGGCGUCAACAGUACACACUCCCUGCUUACCGCCACUUCUUGCUGCACCUCGUUCAAAACUUUCUGCAGGGUUUAUUGGAAGAAGGAGCGCAACGCAUAGGAGUGGUUGGGCUACCGCCGAUUGGGUGUUUGCCGACGGUGAUCACUUGGGAUUCCCAAAGUCCAAUUUAUGAACGCAAAUGCCUCGACGCUUACUCUGCGGCUGCAAGAGAGUACAACCAGAUGCUCCAAGACAGAUUGAGAACCAUGCAACCUCGCUUCCGCAAAUUGGCCUACAUUGAAAUCUACAAACCCUUGGAAGACAUGGUACAAAAUCCUACAAAGUUUGGUUUUGACGAGGUGAAUAAAGGGUGUUGUGGCAGCGGCCUAUUUGAAUAUUCGGUUUUAUGCAAUCCAAAAUCCAUAGUUUGCUCAGAUGCAUCGAAAUAUUUGUUUUGGGACGCAGUCCAUCCAACUCAAGCCGCUUACUAUUACAUCUUCAACACAGCGCGUCCCACCAUUGAUUAUUUUUUUAAGACCUAAUGGCAGCGAAAGGCUCUAAUAAUAUAAUAUUCAUCGU